CUAAUCACUUCCUGUUACUCUCUUGCUCGACUGUCAGAACAACAUCUUGUUCGAAAGAAGGAGCAGACAUGGCAGACUACGGCAAAGAUUACAUGGCAAACAAUGCUGAUCCCAAGAACAUCCAGGACCUGACCGCUUUUGUACAAACUCUUCUACAACAGAUGCAGGACAAGUUCCAGAACAUGUCUGACCAGGUGAUCACAAGGAUUGAUGAGAUGGGAAACCGCAUUGAUGAUCUUGAGAAGAACAUUGCUGAUCUGAUGACACAGGCUGGGGUAGAUGAACGUGCAUAGCUGAACUUUCACAGGACUUCAUCAUUUUGUGUAUCUUGUAUGUCACGAUGUGUGUUUGUAUCAUCUUAUCCCCUGUGGUACAGACCUGUCCUCUCAGCAAGGAGGCAUGGUCAUUCCAAGGGCGUGUGUCCUUAACAAGAGGAACUGCAUCACUGUACACAAAACAUUCCACCCAGUAUCUUAGUGUGUGCCUUUGACAGUGACUGAACCACAACAAAUUUGUACUAGUGGCAGUCUCCAUUUAGUAAUGGUGUUGGAAACUUACAUAAACACAUACGUUCUUGUAUGCAAAAACAAGCAUUUGUCACCAGUGCUGUCAUCCUGUAUUAUAUUUCAAGAAGUCCAUCAUAUCAAAUUUGUACUGGGUCUAAAAGGAUGGCAAAAUCUGACAACAUCUGAUAACUCAUCAUGUUAGUCCUUCCGUCCCUUUCCUCUUCAGUGGAAGAGCCCACCAGUGAUCUACAUGUAUAUAACUGUACAUAAUCCAUACAUCAUAGAAGAGCAAAGGGAAGGCAGGAUUGAUAAACGUGUAAUUGUGACCGUGUAAAUGGUGUGUUUUUUGGGGCAGCUGAUGAUGUCCAAUAAUUUUCAUAGAAAUGUGAUCUAUUGAUGAAUUACAGUAUAUUUAAACGUAACUGUUAUAACCCAGUAUUAUUCAGUUUAUUUGUUAAAAUUUUUAGGUUUACUUUUCUUUAUUGGAAAACACUACUUGGAGGAUUUGGGCAAUGUUCUGUACUUAAAAUGCAAUUGAUCAAAUAAUAUUUAUGAUUGAAAUAAUUUAUUAUAUCAUUGUUGUACAUUUGCUGUUUCUAUUAAAACAUCUUUGCUUGUAGUAGAAUUUAUUAAAACUUCUCAUUUCAA